UAUUGAUAAACCUAUUUAUACUGAUCCCAAAAUAAAAGUCAUAAAUAACUGGCAAGAUCUGAAUCAGAUCUACCAACUGUAAUAAUAGUGGAACUAUUAAAAUCGAGAUCUAUUACGAACAUUUCGACUCAAUCUUAAAGAUUCUUGUAUUGAAUUGUAUCAGCGGUGUAGAUCUAUCAUCUUACUCGUACUGUCACUUUUAGAAAUCAUCAACAAAAAUGAGGAUACUGUUGAAAGCUGCAGUUUUCUGUGGGGCUAUAUUUGGCAGCAUCAUUGUUUUAGAGGCCUGCAAUGAGGCAAUUUGUGCCCCUCUUGUGAGCAAAUGUAUGCUGAUCAAGUGCUGUGAAUGUGAAAUGACAGAUAUUAAAAACUGCACCUGUUGCAAAGACUGUCAAAUUUGCUUAUCAAAAUUAUACACUGAGUGCUGCUCUUGUGUGGGUCUUUGUCCACUUCCUGAUUCCAAUGAUGACAUGGGAAAAUCAAGCUCAGUUGAAGAUCUCCAGGACCCAAUCCCUGACCUCUUCAAUGUUCUGACUGAGGAAGAGGACAGGCAGCAGCGCUGGACCACCUUCACAUAUGCUGUUGACCUGGACAAGUUGGUACGCCAGCCUGGGACUAAGCUCUCACCAAUGGAUCUUCAAAUUAUCUCUGUUGGAAAAGAAGACAACACUCUUAAGGAAACACCUGAAAAAACGCCAAUUCUUGGCAUACAGAACUGCACUGUAGCCUUCUUCUCUAGCUGUUUACCCAUGCCUAAAUGUAAAGCUUCCUGCAAAUCAAUGGGGGCCUCCAAAUACAGGUGGUUUCAUUCUCAUGGCUGUUGUGAAUGCAUUGGGAGCACAUGCUUUGAUUAUGGCCUCAGUGAACCCAAGUGUUUAAAGUGCUCGGAUGCUUCUGAUGCAGAGGCCUCAUUCGCAGGGGAGAGAACUGACAGCUUGAAUAACGCAGAUCCUAUGUCAGACAGGUUGUAAAGCCACUGGUUGGUGGCUAACACAGUGAUAGUAGAAACAAACAUUCAGCCCGUGGAUUAUUGUAACCAGUAUUGUUGGGUUUUUUUGUAAAGGCAAAUGAUUGACACAAAUGUAUUUAUGAUCUAUGAAACUAAUUGAGCUUAUAUUUUACUGGUAUUUAUAUUUUUUUUCAUAAACUUGAGUUUGCAUUUAUUGUUAUUCUUACUAAAUAUUUAUACCUAAAACCUAGCUAAGAAUCAAAUUACUUUUUCAUCAAUGCUUAAUUACUUAAGUGCCUAAUAAAAAAUUUAUAAUGCAUAGUUGUUACUUUCUCAAAAUAUAAACUUGUGUGUUUUUACACUUUCUCCAUGUAUAAUUAAAUCUAAAAAUGUAAAAUCUCAAUGUAAAAUUUAUAUUUAUAAUUAUAAUGUUACAUCUUAAGGGAUAUAUUAACUAAACAACUAAAUAGUCAUCGUAUGUGAGAAACUUCAAAUGAACAGAUCUUGAAUGAUCUAAAUUGUUUUCCUGCUUUUCUCAUUUUUAAAUUGAACAAUUUGUAGUUCUUGUUUCAUUUAAAUUGAAAUUUUAUUUUAUUGAUUUAUGGAAAACCAAUUAGGUCUGUAAGUUGAAUGAAAAUGAACUCAUUUUUUAAGCCACAUAGUUAAAGAAGUAAAAAGGUUAUAAACAAUCAGUAUUAAAGUAUACAUCAGACCCACAUUAAACAUAUAGGACGUAUACAUUAUGUUGUAGCUGUAGAAGCACACACAUAAACUUAAUGUUUUUUUGUAACACAUUAUGUUUUUGUUUUUAGACAAAUUAUGUGGCCAGUGUUUAUAGGAUUACUAUACCUAGAUGACAUUACACCUGUUUCAUUGUAUAUAACUCAUGGCAUUAUAGGAAAUGGUUUUUUUUUUUUAAUUUAGAUGCUUGUUGGUGGAUAUUUCUUAUUACCUUUUUUUUUUAUAGUUAAUUUAGUAUUGAAUAGUUUGAACUUGUAUCUUAUCUGCCAGGGAUUUAGAGAAUUUUUUAUCUGAUUUAGUCAUUACCCGAAUCCUGACAGCCUUCCUGGUAGAAAAACCACCUUACAAUACUUAAUAAUUGCUUGGUCAGAAAAUGUGUAAGGACACGAUUUUCAGUGUCAGGAAUACAGUGCUAACACUAUGAAUAUGGACAAUUUUCCAUAACUAACACUCAUUUUCUAUAGCUAUCCACCUCAAACUGCUAUGUACGUAACUGUGUAACAUGAAAUAUUUUGUUGCAAACUGAAACCAAAGAGUGUGAUUAUUAUUAUUUAGAAUCAAUAAUCUUAUAAUUUUACGGAUAUUGUGUUAAUCUAGCCUUUGUGUUAAUGUUUUUCUCUUGGGAAUGGUUUUUUCUUUAGACAAUUAGAAAAUGGUUAAGAAUGUUUUUACUAAUUAUUUGUAAUGUAGUUCAUUUUUCUAUUGGUUGAGGUCUAAGAUUCUUAACUUUUCCAUUUGCACAUAGACUCUAUAAUACUGAAGUACUUUAUUUGUGAUUGAUAAAAUAUGUUGAAUUAUAAAAUUAUGUACCAUAUUUUUUGUGUGGCUGCCUUCAAUAAUGAUCUGUUUUUGAGACUAAUUCUAUAGUAGUGGUGUUUAUGUAAUCCGCUACAUGUAUAUCUUUAUUGUAUUUUUUUCUGAAAAUAUUUUACUACUACUUAUUUUAUUUAUUUAAAAUUCAAUUUAUAGUCACUUUUGAUGUUUUUACACUUAAGAAUCAAAAAAUGACUGCCUCCGCUGUCAUUCUAAACUAUGCUAUUUGUAAAGAGCUUGAUCAAUCAAGUUUUAUAAAACUUACACUAUUAAUACUACUUUUGUACAUACAUUUCACCUUAUUUGUGGUUGUGAAAACUUGUUUAUAAAAAUCAAACAUAUCAAUGAAUAUAAAAAGCAAUAGUAUGAUCUGCUGCUUGUCAAAGUGUAGCAUGCCAUUAGUUCAAGUUAUGGUAGUUGCGUUCUUUAGACAGUGGCUAAAUUUCUCUGACAGUUGCGUUCUUUAGACAGUGGUCAAAUUUCUCUGACAGUUUGGUUCUUUAGAACAGUGGCUAAAUUUCUCUGACAAUUGUGUUCUUUAGAACAGUGGCUAAAUUUCUCUGACAGUGGUGUUCUUUAGAACUUAGGCUAAAUUUCUCUAACAGUUUAAUUCUUUAGAAAAGUAGCAAAAUUUGCUGCCUCUGGUAAAAGUUAAUCCUAAUGUCUACAGUAGCAGCUUCAUAGUUGGACAUUAUACGGUGGACUAUAUUGUUUGGGUAUAUACUGAUUAAAUUUUUUAUUAAAAUGUUUUAAUUAACUUAAGUUUAGAAGAAACAAUGACUUUGGCUUCAGGUAUUUAUAAAGUAAUGUAUUUCAAUGUUGAUUUAAUUUGAUCCUUUGUACUUAAACUUUGUUGCUUAUUCAUGUACUUAGUUACUGUUUCAAUGUACCUUAGCUAGAGUCCUUUGUGCCUUAAGUUUUGAAAUAUGCAAUAAAUUCCCUAG